GUCACACACAUGUAGCACAACAUGGCCCCUGCCAGCCGGGCUGUUGUUGUGGUGGCGCUCUCUGUGCUCUACCUGAGCCGGGCGAUCUUCUCCUCCGAGUUCUUCUCCACUCUCACUCUGUUCAACAACGAGCUCCACAAGCAGGGAUGCAGCUCGCUGUCCGAGUGGGAAGAGUACGCGGCUGACUGCGAAUCCUCCAUUUUACAGUUGGAAGACCCAGAUUGUGAGGAGGGAAGCAACCCGCCCUGCGAGUCAGUUUUCUCACUUAACGCCGAGAAGAUACUGAACCAGGCCAAGUUGUUUAUAGAACAGAAAAAAAUCCCCUUCCCUGUAGAUAACCACAACACAAACGAGGAACUAGCUAUAGGCUACGUUCUGAUAGGCAACGGUCUUUAUGAUGAAGCCAUCAAACACUUCUCACUCUUAUUACAGGGCGACCCAGAGCUGGUCAGUGCCAUCUACGGGAGAGGGAUAGCUUACGGGAAGAAAAGUCUUCAGGAUAUAAAGAAUGCUGACUUGGCGUUGUACGAGCUCAACAGAGUCAUCACCCUCGAGCCGAACUGGCCAGAGGUCUACGAACAGAGAGCAGAGAUCCUGUCUCCUCUGGGUCGUAUCAGUGAAGCUCUGGGCGAUCUGACCAAAGCCAUCCAGCUGCAGCCCUCAGCCCGUCUCUACAGACACAGAGGGACACUGCUCUUCAUCUCAGAGGAUUAUGUGGGAGCUAUGGAAGACUUCCAGCAGUCUCUGGAGCUGAAGAAGAAUCAGCCCAUCGCCAUGCUGUACAAAGGCCUCACCUUCUUCCACAGAGGCAUGCUCAAGGAAGCUAUUGAGACAUUCAAAGAGGCGCUGAAGUUAAAGGCCGACUUCAUAGAUGCCUAUAAGAGCCUCGGCCAGGCCUACAGAGAGCUGGGGGACUUUGAGUCAGCCAUGGAGAGCUUCCAGAAAGCCCUCAUGUUGAACCAGAACCACAUCCAGUCCCUGCAGCUCCGAGGCAUGAUGCUGUACCACCACGGCUCGCUGCAGGAGGCCAUCGGCAACUUCAAGAGGUGUCUUCAGCUGGAGCCCUACAACGAGGUGUGUCAGUACAUGAAGGGUCUGAGUCACGUGGCGAUGGGGCAGUUCUACGAGGGCAUCAAAGCUCAGACGAAAGUCAUGUUGAACGACCCUCUGCUGGGACAGAAGGCCAGCUCUGAAUACCUCAAAGUGAAAUACCUCAGAGAGUACUCUCGCUACCUGCACUCCCACCUCGACAUCCCGGUGGCAGAGUACAACGUGGACCAGGACUUACCAGGGAACUUUAAGAACCACUGGGCCAAGAACCUCCCUUUUCUAAUAGAAGACUACGAAGAACAGCCGGGCCUGCAGCCACAUAUCAAAGACGUGUUGCCGCAGAACUUUGAGAGCUACAGCAACGAAGUCCAGAAGCUGAUCUGCACAGCCGACCACCUGGGGGCGCUGAUGCAGUACGACACUCCUGGUUUCUUACCUAACAGGAGAAUACACAGAGCCAUGGGUUUAGCAACUCUGGAGGUGAUGCAGGCCAUGCAUCGAACGUGGAGCAACUCUAAAGUGAGAGUCAACGGCAAGACCAGGCAAAUGCAGUGGAGAGACAUGUUCGACAUAGCUGUCAAAUGGAGGAGGAUCGCAGAUCCAGACCAGCCAGUUCUGUGGUUAGACCAGAUGCCCGCCAGGAGUCUCAGUCGAGGCUUCAACAAUCACAUCAACCUCAUCAGGGGACAGAUUAUCAACAUCAGAUACCUGGCGUACUUUGACAACAUCCUCGACUUCAUCAAAGACAGAAUACUGGUGUAUCACGGGGCGUACAACCCCAGAGGACUCUUAGAGGUCCGGCAGGCUCUCGAAAAUGUGAAUAAAGUGGAAGAUCUACUUCCUAUAAUGAAGCAGUGCAGCAGUGAAAACCCAGGAUGGUUGUGUGUGAUUUAUUUCCUGAAGCAGUUCAAUAGUAAAACCAGAGAUGGCUUCACGGUCAACUCCAAGGUGCCGAGCAUGAAGGACCUCGGGAAAGAGUACGACGGGUUCACAAUCACCAUCACUGGAGACAGGGUGGGCAACAUGUUGUUCUCAGUAGAGACUCAGACGACAGAAGAGCGGACGCAGCAGUAUCAGUCUGAGAUCGAGUCUAUCUACAAAGAUCUCACCGCAAAAGGAAAAGCUUUAAUGCUUUCCACUGAACUGGGGGAUGCAGAUGCCGUGUGUAACCUCAUCCUCUCCUUGGUUUAUUACUUCUGCAACCUCAUGCCCCUCUCCAGAGGAUCCAGUGUGGUGGCCUACUCAGUCGUAAUGGGGGCGCUGAUGGCGAGUGGUAAAGAAGUCAUUGGCAGGAUCCCGAAAGGAAAGCUGGUGGAUUUCGAGGCUAUGACCACACCCAGUCCAGACGGCUUCAGUAAAACAGCAAAGAACUGGAUGAACCUAAAGAGUUUACCAGCUUGGUACCAGAGUCUUCCGUCUGUAGCAGAGACCUUCCCGUCCACCAGAACGAUGAUAGAGGUUCUCAACACAGACUCAUCCUCACACUGUCCGAAGAAGUCCUAACACAACUUCUGCACAGAAAGUUUAAUUCAAGUCUUAAUAAUGGAGCUUCGACACUGGGCAGAACAAAGGGACUGUCUUCUUCUGCAACCCAAACUAAACUGUCCUCCAAAAGCUUCUUAAUGGUUUUAAUGGCUUUCUUUUUCAUUUUAAAGUCAUGACACAUUUGGAUAGAUCUGAGGCAAUUAACAUUAUUUUACAAAAAGGCUAUCCCUCUGUGAAGUAUUGAGAAUUAUUUGUUUUUUGCAGAAAGCUACAAACAUUUUUAUUUUGUUAUUAAAUUACCCCUCAAAAUACUGCUGUGUUCUCUAAAAGUUUGACUUCUUACACCACUCAUAAAUGCAUUGUAUGCCAAUGCUGGCAGGAAUCCUAAAUCAUAACUUUGCUGUCAGCACUAAAAUAAUAACUUCAGCACCACAAGAAACAAUUAACAGAGCAACAAAAGAAAGCUCAUAAGAGUUUGAUUUAAGAGCUGAUAUCUAGACAUUUCCCAUGGUUUUCUUGAUAAUGAUUUUGGUUAUUAACAAGAAAUUGAAGAAAACAAUGGUCUAAUAUUUUUUUCAAUGACUUUAUGCUCUCUUCCAAACCACCAGGCUCCUUUGACAAGAACAGUAAUUUUACUUUGCAGAAUACAGGAGUUGGUGGUCUACUGAUGACACAAUCAGGUAGUUUGUCUGUGUUAUUGUGUGACUUUGGUGUUUUUAAAGGGUUAGUUCAGGAUUCACCAAAGUCACACAAUAACACAAACAAACUUAAUGAUCGAGGCAGCAGUAGACCAGAAACUGCUGUGUUCUGCAAGGUAAAAUUACUUAAGAGAGCAGAAGGAACAGCUUGAGUUCCCCCCAGACAAGCUUAACCCAUUUAGGACUAAAAUGCCUGUAAAACCUCUGGGCGAUUUUAAAAUAACCCCUAAAACCUGAAGUUUUUCUGGAAAUUCAACAGAAGUGUACUAAAUAAUAGAUUUUCCAGCCUCUGUAGCGGAUAGAAAUGAAAUUCAAAAAGUAUUUGAGAGCUUAUAGCUGUUAUAUCUGAGCUCCCUCCGCUAUAGUCGUCUUACGCCAUGAUUUCAGUUCUGGAAAAGUCCCAUGUUGCAUUGCGACACUCCCACAUGUAUUCUGAUGCAUUUCAUUGGCCAAGAGACCGAAAAUAGGUGGAAAAAACUACAAAUACUACAAAACAACGUAUCCGCUUUCCCAGCUUUAAUGGUAGAAUAACGCAAAAGCGCCCCCGGUUUUAAUGGUAGAAAUGCGGUAAUACUUUCCUGGCUUAAAUGGGUUAAACAGUGCUGUUUGAUGUCAAGGUAAAGCGGUUAAAAUAUUCUAAAAGGAGAGGAAAUUGUGACCAUCAUCAAACGGAGUGAUGUCAUAAAAUAUAAUCAACAAUAGAGCCAUAAGACAAUAAACCUCCAACAUCUCUAUUUCGAAGUUAAACGUAAACCUGUGACUUUAAACUUAUCAGAUGCUGUUGGACCAUGAGAGACAAUUUUCCAUCACACACAGUUUGGGUUGCAGAAGCGAUUCUGUCCGCUCUCUCUUUUUCUCUGCUUUAUAGGCGUCACACACACAGAAACACACAAAGCACACGGUCCUCAAUCUCAUGAUCAUCAGCAUGAACAAUCUUACGUUGCACAGUCAUGGUUAAAUCAUUAAUUAUCUUCGGGUUAAAUCUUAGCUUUAGUUUUCGCUGAUUGAACUUAAAAUCAGGUGUUAUUUAACAUUCAAGUUUGUAAUUGGCACUUUAAAAAUGACUUUUUAACCACUGCUGUGCACACACACACACACACACACACACACACACACACACACACACACACACACACACACAGAGUCCAGCCUAUCAGCAGAGAAGGAGUUCUGGGAUUUAAAAAAAAAUGAAACAAAAACCUUCAGGGCUAUUGAAUUCCACUUGGGAUACUUGAAGCAGUCUCUUUUUAAUUUUGUUUUCUCGACACUUGCAGGAAGUGUCACUUCUCUUAUCGGGUACUGAACCCCGCUUUUCUUUUAACGUGACCAAUAAAGAUGGGUUGGCUGCUGAACUAGUACGAGAGCAACAGUCAGAGAUUGAUUGAGAUUCAGAGAGAAAGUCCUCAGUAGAGCUGCAGCGAUUAGUUGAUCGACAGAAAAUCAAUUGGCAAUUAUUUUGACAAUCAAAUAAUCUUUUUAGUGAAAAAUUAUUAGCAAAAAAAGCCAAACAUUUCCUGGUUUCAAGUCCCUUCAAUGUAAUUUUGUUUAAUUAAUUUACAAAUUCAUUAUUUAAGUGAUUUAUUGAACAAAAUUAUCAAACAUGGCCUGUUUUUUCCUCGUAAAAAUAUUAAGUAAGUAGGUAUUAAGUUGCUUUUUGGUAGUAUUUGAAAAUAAUAAUUUACUAUCUCAAAAAAAUUACUUUGUAUCUCAAAAAUGGAAAAACUCGCCAGAAUAACAUUUUUAAAAAAGAAACCUUGUAUUUCAGAAUCACAAAUUAUUUCAAAAUAAUGAGAAACUUUACCAAAAAAUGACUUUGUGUCUCAAAAAUAAUUUGAAACAUUCUGAAAAGAUAAUAAGUUGAGAUACUUGGUCAUUAUUUUGAGAAAGUUUGUCAUUAUAACUUCUAUAUCACAUUGGCAGAAAUGCACCUUUUAGUGAUGUGACAGAAAGACUAAAUUUUAUUCUGUUACAUGUCUCGUAUCAAAAUGAAACUAAACAACAGAAAUAAAGACUCCUGAAUGUUCUCUGACGUCUCUGACUGCUGGGUCUUGUCGAGGAUUAAUUAUAGGUUUGGGGUAAAAGCACAGCACAUACUGUUAUCGUCUUCAUUCCUUUAGCUCUCAUCGGAGGCCGUCUGCGUCUCUCACAUCUCUGGAUUUUCUUAUGAUGUCAUUGAUUGAAUUUGCUUCUAUGAGCCAUUUUGUAAGAGCAAUAGUUUGGGAGGAAAUAGUUCAUAUUCCUCCCAUCAAAUACUGUCUAAACUUGUCUCAACAUAAGUGACUGAGUUAACUUUGCAUGGCCACAUUUCUUUCUUGUCAAACCCACAGAUAUCGCUAAAAAAAACUGGUCAUAAAAACAUUAUAAAGAGGUCUCAGAAAUCCUCAGAGAGACGUUCAAUCGGCUGCAAAUUUUAAAAAGUCUGUGGUUUUCUGUUUCUCUGUAGUGAAAGUUUAUAAGUUUAAAAAGUACGAUCAGGUGACAAGACUGAAUUCUGGCUACACAAAAGUAAUUUUAUGGAAAUCAUGAAACAGAUUUUUUAAUUUUCAUAAUUUGAGAUGAAAUUCUGUGAUCCUGCAAGGGACAUUACUUGAUUAUUACAAAGAGGAUGUGAUGUUUACAACCAUAUGAAACAAACGUGAUAUUGAGGCUACAUUAGUGCCUGUGUUUUUAAAUGACUUAUCAAUGUUGGUUUAAGCACAAGGAGGAAACAAGCUCUGCAGGUAAUUCACCUGGAAAUAUCUGAACAAAUUUCAGCAAUUCUUCUUUCUCUUUUAUUGCAUCUGUAAUGAAUUAGAGGCCUUUAAUGCCACUAAUGCAGUAGUUCUCAACUGAAUGUCCAGUUUCUUAAUUUUGUCAUUUUGUUGGAUCCAUAAAACAAACUGAUCUGUUCAAUGGCAUAUCUAAUUUAUUUCCUGCAUUACUGACCGUCUGCUUUGUUUGCUUUUUUUUUCUUAUUCAUAUCAAUGAUUGUGCUGACUGGUUGUCAUUUUGUUUUCUGUUUUGCACUGGGUGACCCAGUCGUUAAGUGCUAUGGUGGGCUCUUAAAGCUUAAAACUUGAAGGAGGGAAUUUUUUUUUUUAUUGAAUGAAUGUUCAGCAGUCAAUAAAACUGGUUGACAAUUU